AUGUUUGGCUGCUUGGUGGCGGGGAGGCUGGUGCAAACAGUUGCACAGCAAGUGGCUGAAGAUAAAUUUGUCUUUGACUUGCCUGAUUAUGAAAAUAUCAACCAUGUUGUGGUUUUCAUGCUGGGGACAAUCCCGUUUCCUGAAGGAAUGGGAGGAUCUGUGUAUUUUUCCUAUCCCGAUUCCAGUGGAAUGCCAGUGUGGCAACUCCUAGGAUUUGUCACGAAUGGAAAACCAAGUGCCAUCUUCAAAAUUUCAGGUCUUAAGUCUGGAGAAGGAAGCCAACACCCUUUUGGAGCCAUGAAUAUUGUCCGAACUCCAUCUGUUGCUCAGAUUGGAAUUUCAGUGGAAUUAUUGGACAGUUUGGCUCAGCAGACUCCUGUAGGUAAUGCUGCUGUAUCCUCAGUAGACUCAUUCACUCAGUUCACACAAAAAAUGUUGGACAACUUCUACAAUUUUGCUUCAUCAUUUGCUGUCUCUCAGGCCCAGAUGACACCAAGUCCAUCAGAAAUGUUCAUUCCAGCAAAUGUGGUUCUGAAAUGGUAUGAAAACUUUCAAAGACGACUAGCACAGAACCCUCUCUUUUGGAAAACAUAA